CACUUCCUUAUUUACAAAACUGAAAAAACCUUGUCAAUUAGUCGCCAAAUGCGAAAACAAACUGCUCUGCUCUGAAAGAACGGGAAUCUUAAUUCACGGAAGUUCGUGGUAGUUUCAUUUCAGUCUUUUUGCAUCACCCAGAAGCCUCAUCAGACAGGAGCACCUGGGAAAAGAAGCCAUCGGGGACGACCUCGGAUAAAUAGACCUGGGAGACCCGUAGCUGCUGCAGAAGAGGCAUCGUCUUGAACUGAACCACUCUGUGUUAACACUUCUUCCAUCAUCUUCGUUCAAUACACUGGGUGACCCUAAAGCAAGAGCCCGUGCCAGCACAAGGGUGGUUUGGUCUAGUAAGAACCAACUUUGUCCUUCAAUCAUUCAGCAUGGACAUCCUUAGCCAGAUUCUGGGUCUUCUAUUCCUCAUGGUACUUCAGGCAGAAUCCAUGAGCUUGGGAUGUGACGAGGAAUCUUUGACAGAAAGAGGCCAUGAUGUGGAUUGGGUGGGAUAUGGCAGCAAUUUAGAAGCUCCUUCUCUAGAUCAGUCUUGGUCAGAGGACAACUGGAGUGAUACUUUGUAUAAUGACAAGGAAACAGUUCUAUUGGAGCCUGGUGAGACUGCAACCUUCUCCUUCACUUUUGGGGACCAACAAGCAUCGAAGUACGUGGAAUACAAGAUCUCCAAUGCUAGAACUCUUUCUUCUUCUUAUUCAUCUCUGGUGUUCAGCUGUGACAUGAAGUCUCUGUGGAAUUCGUCAGACUGCAGCAGUGGAGAAGUGACAGUUGGUUACGGACAGAAGACCUUAAGACUUUGCAAUGAGGAUCAUUCCCUGAAGGACGAGCAGGCCGGAGACUUUCUGAGGAUUUUGGCUGAGAAUAGACUUCCGUCUCAUCAUGGGAACAUCCACUGCAGAAUUUACGCUAGUUCCUGUGGCAAAAGGAACGCGAAGAGAAUUGUCUCAGGAACAGAGACGCUGCCCCACGAGUACCCCUGGCAAGUGGGAAUUGUGCUCGAAAAGGAGAAUGCCAGUGCCAUUUUGUGGAGGAUCCAUCAUUGGCCCUUAUCACAUCCUAACAGCUGCCCAUUGCAUCGACAUGCCUACCAUAAAACUCGGGCCAAGUUUCCUGCCACUGGCGGUUGUCGGGUUACACGACUACAGGAAGCCAUCAGCUGCAACUAAGUACCUCGACAUUGCUAAGAUGACACUUCACCCAGCAUAUGACAACGCGACCUUUGCUAAUGACAUUGCGAUUCUCGAAACGGAACAGCCAAUCCCCUUCGACAUCAAUAACAUUGUUUCGCCAAUCUGCCUUCCCGAAGACCCGAACAAUGAAUAC